AUGGAGGAGGUAAACAAUAAACACCACUUGGAGAUAUUAUUACAACAGGUUCGGAUAGGAGUUACUCAAGAUGCUUGGGUUUGGAGCGAUGGUAACGAAGAUGGCUUCAUUGUCGCAGCGGUAAAAAAAUGGUUGCGGGGAUCGGAGACCGAUGACGUUCGUAGUGGUUUUAGUUGGAGUAAAUGGCUUCCCAUGAAGUGUAACAUCUUCAUGUGGCGUGCUUUUCUGGAUCGUCUUCCCACUAAGAUGGCCCUGAUGAGACGAAAUAUCACGGUGGAUAAUCAUUUAUGUGUGUGGUGCGAGAGCAAUGAUGAAACGGUCGAGCAUAUUCUUAUAGGUUGUCGCAUAUUAGCGGGAAUUUGGAACGAGAUAUCUAGAUGGUGCAGAAUUUCAGGGAUGUUUGUGUUUCAUGUUAAUGACUUUGUGGAAAUGCACGACCACUGUGCCAUGUCGGGGAAUAAGAAGAUGGUGCUUCAUGGGAUUAUUAUUAUUGCGUGUUGGGGGAUGUGGAGGGCGGGGAAUGAAAAAGUUUUUUCGAGUAAGGAUCCAAAUAUAGUGGAGAUGAUCGCGGACAUCAAGACAUUAGGUUUUUUGUGGUAUAAACAUAGGUUUAAAGGAGGAGUAAUUGAUUGGGAUCGAUGGUGUUCUUUCGAUCUGAUGUAA